UUGACCAUUUCAUUUCUUUGAUGGAAUACACUCUCUUUUCUUCUCUUCUUCCUUCUCUUUAUGCUAAAUUUUCACAAUCUUUGAUCAUCUUUCCUUGUAUUCUACGGGACAAAUCCCAAAUAUUAUAUGGAAAACAUCAAAAACCCUAAAGCCCUAGACGAUUGUACAGACAGCAUAUCGAGAAACAGUCAUCAAAGCGUUGAUGAUUCCCUGAACCAGUCAAGAUCUUACAUAUGCAGUUUCUGCAUAAGAGGCUUCUCAAAUGCUCAAGCUCUAGGAGGGCAUAUGAACAUCCACAGAAGAGACAGAGCUAAACUCAGACAAAAGCUUAUGGAAGAUAAUAAGGAUGAUGUGGUCGCCGAGAGUGAUUCAUCAGAAGUUGUCUCUCUAGACCUCAAUGAACGACAACAAGAAGAAGCUUUAACAUGUGAUGAUCAAGACCAAGAUGUUGACAGAGAUAUAAGUCCUAAUCGAAAACUAGGGUUUUGGGUACAAGAAAGCAAGUUUGGUACUAAUGAUCACGGAAAGGUCAUGGAGGUUAGCAAAGAUGGUUCGAGUUCGAGUCAUCAUCGUGAGAUUGAAGGAUUGGAUCUCGAGCUUCGGUUAGGCCAAAGCGUCGUGGAGAAAAAGAUAACGUAAUCUCCGAAUGAUCCAAAUCAUAUAUUCAUGAUUGCAUUGUAUAAAGAGAAAGAAAAACAACUCUGAAACAUCAUACUCUCGAAUCCGUCUAUUACAAAUGGAUUCGUGGCUCAGAUUGUAUCGAAGGUAUACCUUAUUAUUGCUACCUUAUCAUUGUUGUAUAUUGAUAUUUGUUUCCUUGUUAAUUUGGGUUAAUUUCACCAACAAUCUUUGUAAAUGACAUACACGUCCAAACAAACAUAUAUAUAGAAAUAUAUAUAUAUUUGAUGUCUGCUUUAUACUUGUUAAUGGAAAAUGAAUAAGUUUAACUUAA